UGUACGAGCAGUGCAAGUAAAUGGAUCGUUCGGCCAAGAUGGGAGACACAGCAGAGCACUCGAAAGAUAUACCCAAAAAGUAUUAUCGUUACUUUUUGAAAGGUCUGGCAUACUAUACUUGCCACAUGAACCGAGCAUGCACCUUGGCUGACCUGCAGGCAUACGUGUUUCUGAAGAGCUUGCAGCAACUGUCCGAAGCCGACCUGACCUAUCUCUCGAACGAGGUGAUGGAGCAGCUCGUUGACUGCCAAAUAGCGCAAAACCACAACGGAUACUAUCGGCUGAACGAAUGGUUACGAUUCGCCAACGGUGGCAGUUCUUCCUCAUCGGGACAAACGAAACCAUUGGACCGUGCGAUCGAUACUCAGCUCAGCAGCGGUUCGGGGCUGAAAAGGAUAGUUAAUUUCUCCAACAGCGUCACAAUGUGGCCCACCGAUACGGUGGACGGUGCGACGAUGGCCAGCCCAUUUCCGCAACUGGAAGAAUUUGUUCCCCUAUGUCUGGAUGACGGCGAAAAAGGCCCCGAAGGUCCCGGUAAUGCAUCCGAAAGCGAUAGUGAUGAAGAAAAAUCCACGGAAACCACCGUAAACGAUCCUACUAAAAAGGAACAGCCAGCCCCGGAAAAGGAACAACACAGCGAUACGGACGAUUCCAGUACGGCGAAAGAAAGUGACGAUGGUUCCGAUGGGGAUGCGGAUUCGAAAACAAUCCCCCACAAACCCAUCAAACAGGAACCGGAGGGAGAAUCCAAUCCCGAUCCGGACAGUGGAGAUGAAAAGCCGAAAGCGGAAUGAACAACUAAUGACGUGGAAAUAUCAAAAUUUGGCCAAAUUUGUGGAAAACGUAAUCUAACGAAAGAAUCAACAUUUUUUAGCGAAAGUA